AUCGGAAAUACCGAAAGGACAGCUGGAAAAAUGCAUAUCUCCAAUGGAGAUAUUUUAUCUACUAAAACUAGAGCUAUACACUGUGAAAUUUUGACUCGAAAGUGUGUUAGUAGCAAUAGUGUUAGUGCACACUCGAUGAAGUUUGUUAGUCAGAGAAGUCUGCAGAAAGCAAUGGAUAAUGCCAAAUGCGAUCUUGAUUACAUGCUCAGUCAAUCUUCACACACAAAUCAUGCUUCAGAAACUUCCAAACAUCUUAUGAAAAUGAAAAAUACAAGAGCAAUGCUCAGCAGUUCUUCAAGUCAAAACAGCUAUGCAGUCAAAACAAGUAAUCUUGUUAAAAGACAAGAUCAUAUUCUUGGAUCUGAAGAAAUGAUAUCUUCUGGAGAAAGCAGAGGCACUCAAUCAAAAGUGCACAUUCCAGAGAACAGGAUUUCAAUUUCUGAAAAUUUGGGCCAAAAUGGAAAUGGGGAAGUGUCAAACAAAGAGUAUUUGAGUGAAGAUGAUCUCAAGUGGCUUGGAAAGAAUUACAGUAUUAAUGGUAGUGGAAAAGCUAUUUUCAAAAACAUGAAAUCCAAACUUGAUUUUGAAACCAGAAGUGAAAGAGUUACUCCUCCAUUACUUAGGAAAUCUGAGGGAAAUGAAAGUAACAUUCAUAAAACAGCUACUGAUUUAAUAAACCGUGUUCAAGUACGCGAACAACAGUUGUGGAGACAGUUGGCAGAAAUGUCUCUCACUUCUGUUCCAUCUUCUAGUUCUUCUGCAGGGAAAGAUUUAUCUUUAGAGAGCUACAGGCCACAAUUAAAUUAUUUAUCAGAAGAAAAAAUUGCGGUUAAAGAUAUUUUAGACUUACAGAAUUGCACUGAGAUAUCCUCGACUUCCUUGAACAACAGAAUUCCUACUAGUACAGAAAACAUAGUUUCUUUGCUUGGUGAAGAAUGGCUUAACAAUCUUUUAAGAGCCGAAUUGGGAAUAUCAGAAGAUGAGCGAAGAUGAGUGUAUUUAUCAUUAGGUUGAUGCAUUUCUGCUGAAUUUCUAAAUCAAUUAUUUUUCUCUAUUGUGUUUUUAUAAAAAUGCU